AUGAACUCCACGAAACCCGCACCGACUGCCGCCAAGCGCGAGCCUGCCCUGCCCAAGAAGGCUGAUGCGACCGACCCUGUCGUGGAUGGACUGAAAGACCUAAACAUUGGACAACGAACACCAAGCCUCGUCGUCAACGGAACGGGAUCUUCGUUCAACGAGCGAUCAAAGUCUCUGACCAAGGACGGUUCAGACGAUUCCCAGAGAGCUGACUCGAGCUCCGAGCUCGGCACUAAGCCUCCUAGUCUAGACGGGAAAAGCAUCACGUCGGGAACAACUUUCGCGUUGGAUGAGAAGGAGUCACUGCGACCGGACGACAGCGCCAGCGUCAAAGCCGCGGCUGCCGAAGAUGACGACUCGUUUUCCUUCCGAGGACCGAACCUACCCAGUUCUAGGAUGGGCUCUGAUAUAGCUGCACGUGCGAGGGGGAUCAUUCAGCUUGGCGACAUGCCAGAUCGCCGCCUCGCCCAGCCCAUCUCCGGAGCUCUGAGCCAAGGCAUGAUCACACCGCAGAGCGCUUCUUCGGAUCAACCGCCAAUGCCCUCUGCUAACGCUUUGUCGGCCACUCUACCCGACUCAGCCAAUCUUCUGAACACCAUCUAUGGACAAGCGCCAGACGAAAAGCUAUUGGAGGCCAUGGCUUCCCCAAAGGACCGGUUAUUCCUGUUGCGACUGGAGGCCGAGUUGAUCAAAUUUGUUCAGAACUCCAAGAUGCUCACCCACAAGCUAGCCGAUUACUACCGGAUGACACAUCAGUAUGAAGCUCGCGUUGGAUCUGUGCGAAUUUUCCGAACCCCUUAUGCCAGGGUGCCUGAGUCGCUGGCUAGUAUCGCUGCUCCGGAGACCAAUGCCGAGACGCCACCUCCGCCUGCAGUUCUGCCGCGAAAAAUCAUGCGACGUGGAGAGGAGGGAGAGUUUGGCACUAACAGCUCUUCUCCAUCCAAGCCUACAUCCGAGACUGGCAGUGACUCUAAGGACAAGUCAGGUGCUGCCAACCAGAAGUAUGUCUUCUAUCCUACGAUGGCUUGUGCUUUGCUGACUGGUGUAGAUUAUCGAGGGAACAACGUGAAGAAGCAUACAAGCAAGCCCAGACGAGAUGAUUCUGACAGCUUCGACUCGAGACACAACUACACUCCCUACUGGGGCCCGCAGCAACAGACGUGGAUGCCGCAACCCCAGUACGUCCCUGUCUCCAACCAGUACGGUGCUCCGGUGCAGCAGCAACCGUAUCCGAACCAGAUCCAAGCCCCUUACAACACUACGCCUACGCAAACCUUCGCUCCCAUGAUGCCCAAUACGGGUUACAAUGCGGCGUACCCCAACAUGCCACCCUACCCGCCGCAGACAAACCAAGCCCAGUUCCAGCCACCUCCGGGCGCCAGGAACUAUGCAGGAUCUGGACCUGGACCGGCUCCCCCUCCGCAGCAAGGUUGGCAGCAGGGAUUCGGACCGGCGCCGGUACCGAUGACUCCUCCCUCUACGGCCAAUGCGACCGCCUACACCCCGCGAGGUAUGUCUGCGCCGCCCGGACAGGGCACGGUUCCAUACAUGUACGGACAGCUGCCGGCCAAUGUCAACCCAAACGACCCUAAGAGCCAGCACCCCAUUCCUGGUAGCUACAACCGGCAUGCGUUCAACCCCAAGACGCAGUCGUUCGUUCCUGGCGGGGGCAUGGCUCCAAUGCAGCCACCUCAGCCGCCAUUUAGCGCGCCUGGCUCUCAUCAUGGUAGCCCUCAGAUUGGCUCACCUCACUUGGCGUACGCCGGCUACCAGCAGCCAGGACCGCCGGCCCCUUACGGUUAUGGCAUGGCCCGGCAGGGAUCGAACAACUCGAUUCCUUCAUACCACCCUCCGCCGCCACAACAUCCUCAUCACCUUAACCCUCUCCCUCAAGCACCGGGUUCUCACAUCCCUCAACACCCGCCGCAGCACCUUCCGCAAAACCCUUCUCCCCACAUUCCUAACAAACCCGCUAUUCCCCAGGGUCCGGCCGGACAGACGUUCAGCCACUUGCCUCACUAUGGCAACCCUGCUACUUUGCCGCAGAAGCCAAACAUGGGUGUUUAG